CUUCUUUCACAUAUUUUCGCAGAUAACCAACAUUUCCCCAUGGCUUCCCAAAUUCAAUCAGUCAAAAGAUGGAAAUAUGAUGCAUUCCUGAAUUUUAGACAGGAAGACUUCGAGGGAAGCUUUGUUACCGAUCUUUACAAACGUUUGGAAGACAUGAGAAUCCAUGCAUUCAAACACGAUGGAAAACAAUCUUCAACAGAAAUCUUAGAAGCCAUCAAGGAAUCAAGAAUUGCCAUUACUAUAUUCUCUAGGAACUAUGCUGAAUCCAGCUGGUGCUUGGAAGAACUCGCUACGAUCAUGGAGUACGUUGACAACGAGGGACAGGAAUCCUUCUUGCUCUUCUAUAAAGUUGAACCAUCAUAUGUAUUGCGGCAAAUACGCACCUUUCCAGCCACUAUUGAUUGGAAGAAGCGGCUCAAGUGGAUGGAGGCAGCCCACAAGGCGGGAUUAAAAGUAGAUUGUUACCCUCCCCAACUCCAACUUAUCCAUUGGAAUGAAGAAUUUAUUCAGGAAAUUGUUGACAAGAUUUUUCAGGUCCCAAUUAUUGCAAAAUAUCACGUGGGAAUCAGAUCUCGUGUAGAGGAAGUAAAAUCAUUGUUGAAUAUUGAAUCUGGCGGUGUUCAUUACAUAGGGUUAUGGGGGAUGGCUGGUGUAGGGAAGACAACCAUUGCCAGAGCACUUUUUAAUGAGAUCUCUUGUCAAUUUGAAGGGUCUUGUUUUCUUGCAAAUGUUAGGAGAGCCUUGGAAAAACAUGGGCCGGAAGGCGGCCUACAACAUUUGCAACAGAAGCUUCUUUCUAAGAUCUUGAAAUACUCUGUGAAAGUGGCAAAUUUUGCCAGAGGAGGCAAAAUGAUAAGCGAAAUGCUUAGCUUCAAGAAGGUUCUAGUUGUUAUUGAUGAUAUGGAUGACUGCCACCUGUUGGAAUAUUUAGCUGGAAAACGUGAUUGGUUUGGUGAUGGCAGUAGGAUCAUUACAACAGCUAUAAACUUUGACUUACUUAGCAAGCAUGAUGUGUUAUAUCGUGUCCCAGAACUGACUAACCAUGAGGCAUUAGAACUUUUUAGUUGGUACGCCUUUCAUCAAGGAACUCCGGUUAAAGACUUUGAAGAAUUCUCGUGUUGUGUAGUAGAUUAUGCUGAAGGCUUACCCUUAUCUCUGGAGGUCUUGGGUAAUUUUCUAUACAAUCAAGGGAUGGAAGAACAGAGAAGUGCAUUAGAUAGACUCAAAGAUUUCAGAGAUGGCAAACUUGUUAGGCUACUCAGCUUAAGUCUGGAUGCAUUGGGUGAUGAAUACAAGAAUAUGUUUCUUCAUAUUGCAUGCUUCCUUAGAGGAAAAAGAAAAGAAGAUGUGAUUACAGUACUGGAUAGACUUGGCUUCAAGUCAGUAAAUGGAAUAGAUGUCCUUAAAAGAUCAUUUUUAUAUAUCUCAGAAGGAAAGAUUGAGAUGCAUGAUUUGAUAGCACAAAUGGGUCAGCAAGUGGCACGUGAUGCUGAGCAGGGAAAGCCAUGGAAUUGCAGUAGACUAUGGCAUGAAAAAGAUGUGAAAACUGUUCUUUCUGCUAAUCAGAUUACCAGAACUCUUACAUUUCCCAUGGCUCCCCAGAAUGAAACGAUUAAAAAAUGGAAAUAUGAUGCCUUUUUGAGCUUUAGAGGGGAUGACACUCGCAAUAACUUUGUUGCCCAUCUUUAUAAACGUCUGGAAGACAUAGGAAUCAACGUAUUCAAAGAUGAUGUGAAACUUGAAAGAGGUAAGUUCAUUUCAACAGAACUCUUGAAAGCCAUUGAGGAAUCUAGAACUGCCAUUAUUAUCUUCUCCGAGGACUAUGCUUCAUCCACCUGGUGCUUGGAGGAGCUCACAAUGAUCAUGGACUGUGUUGACAAGAAGGAACAGAAAGCAUAUCCUGUCUUCUAUAAUGUCGAGCCAUCAGAUAUACACAUAAAAGUUUUUAUGUGUGAAGGUGAGAGCAGCAGCUUUUUUAAAGCGUUGGAAAAACGCGAGGAAGAUUUCAAGGCUAGUUUUGAGAAGUUGGUAACCAAACACGAGGCAGAUUUCAAGUGUGGUCUGCAGAAGGUAUUAGCCAACAAGACAGAUCGUGCACUCAGAAAAAAAGACAAGACAAAUCUCAAGGAUAAUUUGGAGAAGGUGCAGAGGUGGAAGGAUGCUCUACGUAGAGCUGCUGGUAUAGCAGGACUGGAUGUUCGUAAAACUGCUAACGGGAAUGAAGCAGAAUCUAUUGACAUGAUUAUAAAUGAUAACUUCCGAAAUAUGCACCAUAGCGUUUCAGCAACUGAAAAAUAUCUAGUGGGAAUCGAAUCUCGUACAGGUGAAGUAGAAUCAUUAUUGAAGUUUCGAUCAGAUGACGUCUGUUUUGUUGGAAUAUGGGGGAUCGGUGGCGUCGGGAAGACAACUGUUGCAAGAAAACUUUUUGACCAGAUUUCUCAUCAAUUUCAAGGGUCUUGUUUUCUUGCUAAUGUUAGAGAAGAAUCAAAGAAACAUGGGAUGAUGUACUUGCAGAAGACACUUCUUUCAAGACUCUUAAACGAAAAAUCAAUGAAUAUAGCGAGUUUUUAUGAAGGAGCCGACAUGAUAAAAAGAAGGCUUUGCCACUGGAAAGUUCUAAUUGUUUUUGAUGAUGUAGAUGAUGGCCACCAAUUGGAAUAUUUAGUUGGAAUGCAUGACUGGUUUGGUAAUGGUAGUAGAGUCAUUACAACAACCAGAAAUGCAGAUUUACUUCGUUGCCACGACAAGUUAUAUUCUGUCCCUGAAUUGGCUAAACAUGAAGCUCUUGAACUUUUUAGUUGGCACGCCUUUCAGAAAAGGACUCCGGAUAUAGAGUUUUUUAAGCUCUCUAAGCUUGUAGUAGAUUACGCUAAAGGCUUACCCUUAGCUCUUAAGGUUUUGGGUUCUUUUCUCAACAAAAAAGGCAUAAUUGAGUGGAGAAGUGCAUUAGAUAGACUCAGAGAUACUGGAUAUGAGAAAAUUGUUGAGCAGCUUAGUUUAAGUCUAGAUGGAUUGAACCAUGAAGAGAAGAAUAUAUUCCUUGAUAUUGCAUGCUUCUUUAGAGGAAGAAAGAGAGAUGAUGUGACAACAAUAUUAAACAGUUUUGGAUUCCGAUCAGAGAUUGGAAUAGAUGCCCUCAUCCAAAAAUCGCUCGUAUAUAUUUCAGAAGGAAUGGUUGAGAUGCAUGAUUUGAUAGAACAAAUGGGUCAGCAAGUGGCACGUAAUGUUGACCAGGACAAGCCAUGGGAUCACAGUAGACUAUGGCAUGAACAAGAUAUAAAAACUGUUUUUUCCGUAAAUCAGAGGACAGAGUCAAUUAAAGGCAUAAUGGUACCGAUUGGCUCAGACCGACAUAUAUGCAAAUGGAGCAAAGCAUUCAGAAACAUGCCUUGUCUUAGGUUACUCAUUGUCAAAGGGGAGGAGGUCCGGCAUCAUGACCCGAUAUGUGACCGUAUUGAUUGUGUCCCCAGUAACUUGAAAUGGCUGGAUUGGUCAUACUACAGUUUUGAAUCUUUACCAGCAGAUUUUGAACCAGGAAACCUUGUUGGGCUCAAUAUGACUUUUAGUUCUCUCGUUGAAAUUUUCAAGGAGCCAAAGGCAUUUGACAAGUUGACAAUCCUCAAUUUAAGUUUUUCAGGAAAUUUACUCCGAACACCCAAUUUUUCGGAGACUCCAAAUCUGCAGAGGAUUAUCCUGAAAAGUUGUGUAAGCUUGGUAGAAAUUCAUCCAUCCAUUGGAAAUCUCAAAAAGCUUACCUUUUUUAAUAUGGAGAACUGCAAAAAUAUCAAGUCUUUACCAAGCAGUAUUCAAAUGGAAUCUCUUGAAAGCUUCAACCUCUCGGGUUGUGAGAAAUUAGAAAAAUUUCCCGAAAUUCGGGGGAAUAUGGAAUUGCUAUCAGAGCUCCUUCUGGCACGUACUGCAAUUUGGGAAUUGCCCUCAUCAAUAGGACAGCUCAGUGGUAUCAGCUUGCUUGAUUUGCGUUCAUGUCAAAACCUUGUAAGACUCCCAGCCAGUGUCUCUGAGAUGAGAAAACUGAAAUUUUUGACUCUGAAAGGCUGCUCAAGACUUGCAAACUUUCCUGAAAAUCUAGGUGAUCUAAACCAGUUGGAGGAGCUCUAUGCUGGUAACACUGCCGUUUGGCAACUACCAGAUUCUAUUGGAAACUUAAGCAAACUUAAAGUCCUAUCAUUAAGAAGAGGGCGGAAGGUAAAGCGUCAAUCUGCUCACAGUUUGAUAUUACCCUGGGUGUUUCAUGGUUUGAGGGAAUUGAAAAGCUUAGAUCUCAGUGGAUGCCAUUUAUGUGAUAACCAAGCUCCUUCUCUUCUUAACUUUCCUUCUUUAUUGGAGCUGAAUCUGAGCAGAAAUAAGUUUAUUUCUUUACCUGACAUAUUCAGCCGACUUUCUCACCUUCGAUAUCUCAACAUAACACACUGUCAUGAACUUAAGAAGCUUCCCAAACUUCCGCUGAGUAUAGAGGAAUUAUAUGCAGAAGAUUUUUUGGCCAAACAAAGUAUUGCAAAGCUGCCAAUGUACCCUCGGUUGAAUUUGGUGUCAUUCACCAAUUAUAGUUUUGAUCAACAAUCUUAUAGAGAGGAGAGCAAUGGUAGCUCAGUUUUGGAUGAGAUCUUCAGUUUGUUUCUCUCAAACAAUAUGGAUGAUGUGAUCCGCCCCUCUCUGAACUCUGAUCACAAGGUGACUUGUUCCAUUGUCUUUCCUGAACGUGCAAUUCCCACUUGGUUCAAGCAUCAGAGUGUGGAAGAAAGGUUCUUGUUCAAACUGCCCGUUAAUUGGCACAGUGAUAAGUUCAAGGGUUUUGCUAUAUGCUGUGUGACUCUCAUGGGAGCAGGUGUCUGCAAUCCUGAUUCAGGGCUAUCUGAGAAGUAUGACUAUGCUUUCAUCAAAGCCAAAUUGAUAUGCAAUGAUCAUUUGAAAGACCUAAAAGCGAUAGAGAAAGAAUGUAAAGUGGGCACGGCAUCUAGAACGUAUGGCUGGUGUGUUUGUUUUGCCUACAUACCAUUGUAUGCUUCACUGCAGGUGUCCGGCACAGAUUUUGGGAACAUUAACCAGUAUGACUUAUUUGAGGCAUCUAUCCAUGGGCGCAUUGUGAGACAGUGGGGAGUUCAUUUGAUCUAUGAGGAUGAAAGGAAUUUUUUGAGAGCAAACUGCAAGAGUAGUUUGUUUGAGGCCAUGACAGCUGAAUAGAUACUAAAUUGAGGUUAAGAAUAGUAAGAGAUCAUCUGCAAAUCUGAGCUGAAUGAUAUUCAGCUUCUUACACCUGGCGUGAUACUGAAAUUCUGGGUUGUUCUUCAGUAGCUUAAGUAUUCUAGCAAGGCAUUCCAUUGCUAAAAUAAACAAAUAAGGAGAGAGUGGGUCUCCUUGUCUUACUCCUCUCUUUGCAUUAAAAGGUAUAGUAGGGGAUCCAUUGACUAGUAUAGAGUAUGAAACUGUCUUUACACAAGUCAUUAUCCAGGAGACAAAUUUAGCAGGAACGGUUAAACCUUGUAGUACUUGUUCCAGGAAAAUCCACUCUAUGGAGUCGUAUGCUUUCUGCAUGUCUAUUUUUAUCAUACACCUGGGAGAUAUUGCACUAUUAUAUACUAUAUAUAAUAUGAUUUGUUAUAUACCUUGUACUUUUUUAGGUAUAUUUUCAUGUACUUUUCUUAUAUCAUAUACCAUAUUUCUAUUUACCAUACACCAUAUAUUUUCAUGUACUUUUCUUAUAUCAUAUACCAUAUUUCUAUUUACCAUACACCAUAUAUUUUAUUCAAUAAUUUCUUUCAGUCAAAAAAAAAAUUGCAGUAGUCAUCAAUUGAAAAUAAAAAAAGAAGAAUAAAGAGGAGGAAAUGAAAGAUUUUUUUUAAAUGGUAGAUAGAAUAUGGGAUUUGAAGUUGAUUUUGUUUUGUUUAUUUGGAAAAUUACAUUCUCUCUCAUGCCCUUUUCAUAGAUUUUGGGAGAGGGGGAUAUGAUUUUGAAAGAAAAAGAAAGUAAAAAGUGGAUAUGCAUUAAUGGCAGUAAGUAGUAACUCCUAAAAUUAAGUUGUAUAGAUAUUUUAGGAAUGUAAACGUUGUCCUUUUGUAAUUAAAAAGUUAAAACUUUGAAUAAGUAGUAUUUAUAUAAUUUUUAGAAAGUAGUUGUCAUUUUUUCAAUUACCAUUUUAAAAAAUUGUAUUUGUGUGUUUUUUCAAUAAUAAUAACUAAUAGAGCAGCCCAAACGCUUUAGCUGUGCUCCAGUCUGUUGACUGGUUCAUGCAUCAAUCACACUUCAAAUUUGAUUAUUAUGCUUAUAAAAUUGAUUGUUUUACAUAGCCAACCCUCUUGUGCAUAAUUAGACCGAGUACUUGAGAGCUAAGGCUUCUAAUUUGUGAGAAAAUCUCUCUGGUUGUAGUGAGAGCCACAGCUUAGAUGUUCAUUUAUCCAUCCAAAUCCCAACCACCGAUGUUUGUUUAAAGAAAUUGGUGGUUGGAUUUAUUUACUUGGUUGGAUUUAUUUACUAAAUUUUGAGGAAGUUGCAUCUCAAAUUUGAGCUCAUUUGAUUGAGAAUUGAAGGAGAUAGCCUCAAAUUUUUUUAGCAUUCUUCUCGGAGAAGAAGAUGAAAUUGGGGCUGGGUCCAGGCGGGUUGGGUCAUGGAAGGAAUUGGGUAAUUUUUUUAAAAUCGGGUAAUUUAAUUUGAUUUGAGAUUUCUAUCCAAAUAGGGGUACAGGUGUAAACUUUGUUGACUACAGAAGUAUAUUUGUUGACUUUCACUAAUGGAGGAUAACGUUGGCUAAUAAAAUAAAAUAAAAUAAAAUAGAGGGGUAUAUUUGACUCUUUUCCUUAAAAUAAAUUUAACCUUAAAGUCUACCUGAUAGAAACUAAACGUCCACCAAAAUAGAUAAGGGACCAGGUACCUUAUCUGUUCCCUUAAGUAAAAACAAAAAUUAAAAAAGACAAGAUGCUUAUGUGGAAAACUCCUUACUCAAGGGAUUAAAAACCCUCGACCUACACUGGUAGGAUUUCCAACUUCACUAACUGAGCAACGUUUUUCAUAUUACAAGCCUUUUGCAACCAAGGAAUUAGGCCACUAAUCUCUUCCCUUACAAUAACUUUAUUGCAAGCACUCACUUGCCUAACUCUAGCCAAGAACCAAACUAAUUCAACUACCUCUAGCUGAACUUCAACUCACCAUAACUAACCAUAAUUAGGCGUCUACACAAAAAGCUUAAUAAACCAAACACCUACAAAAGCCCUUCUUAAAAGAAGUGUAAAUUUACAAUAUUUAGAUCAAAAGAUAAAGACUAAAACAACCUAGGACUUAAGACAUCUUCAGUGUUGGGAUCUGGUCUUUGGAGUUAUAGUCUUGAUCUUGAAAGCUCUGAGAAAACAGUGGCGACUACUCUUUUCAACAAUGAGAAUAAUAUGUUUUUAAGUGCUAGGUCAAACAAAUGCUGACAUGUUGUUUAUGUAGGGGACCAAUGAGAGCAUAUGAGUGGCAUGUGAUAUAGAUAGAGACGUUGCAAUGAACCGUUUUUCUCGUUGUGGCUCUGCAAGUCGGAACAGUGCCACAGCUUUACAGUUGUCACAUUCAUACAGUGCCCAGGGGAACUGAUAAGUGACCUGGUCCCUGAUGCAUAUGUCGAUCAUCAAAACUCAUAACUCAUCAAUUUCUCCCUUUUUGAUGAUGAAAAACUCGUCAGAGAUGUUUCCUCGAAGAACCAGGUCCCCCGUGCAGAUUUGACCCCAUCAAUAUGCAGCAUAUAAUAUUCUCAGUCCUUUUGCGUAUACCAAUACAUCACAUUACACAUUUUCCCCCUUUUGGCAUCAUUGAAAAAAGACAAACACAAGCAUUGAGAAGUUCAGAGACAUUAACUCAGGCCACUUGGGCAACUCAGUAUGAGUACUAACAGAAAUAGCAAAGCAACAUGGAGGAAAACAUAUGCAGAAAUCAGAGAAUUGCCAAUCAAACGAAAUUUAAGGACAAAACACAGUAAUCAAUUCAACACACACAUACUAAAUUAAUUGUCAAAGCACCAAUAUCAAAGAAAGAAGUUUAGGAAUUUGGGCGAGAAAAAAAACUAGGGUUUGGCAGGGUUUGAUGGGUUGACAGGGUUGAAAGCUUUGAACACCAUGUCUAGUCUAGCAUCUGCAGCUUAGUGAUUAGCCAAGAGUUGCUCCUGGAGCUCGGCAACUUUCUUCGUGAGACUAGAAUUAACCUUUCACAACUCUGCAAUGUCUUUCGCUGUAUCAUCACUGUGACCAGGUCUCUCCACCAUCAUUCUGGUGAUUUCAGCCUUCAACAAGGUGUUCUCAACCUGCAACCUCUCAACAUCAGCCAAGAUUUUCUCAUUUGCUUCAAUCUGACCCAAUAUAGUGGAUGUGGUCCCUGCUCCUCCCUUCUUUGGGACACAUUCACACUCCUCUGAGGUGGACAUAGAGAACAUUUGCUUCUUAGUCCCUUUGGAAGCUUUAUGUAACGACCCUUCCGGUCGUUAUGGAAAAUAUAGGAUCACCCCACCAAAUAGAGUCUUUCCAAGGCUAGAAUGAGCCAGUAGAACUCGAUUUUGUAAGCUUAAGAGCUGAAACUUGACUUGCUUAUAAUUGUUGUUUAAUUUUGAUUGAGUCUGUCAGGGGGUGACGUAGGAAAUUAGAACUCCAUUGGGAAUUCCGAAGCCAUAGGUGGAUUUGUAUGAUGUUUUUAUGUCUAUGUGCAUGUUUUGUUUGUGUUUGUGAGGCCUCGGAUGAAAUGUUGAGUGAAAGGGGGGAAAACUGGACAAAAAAUCGAGCUCACUGGCCAAAUGGCACCGCUGUGGCAGUGGGAGUACCACUGCAGCGGUACCGCUGUAGCGGUGGGUGGACCGUUGCCAGCGGCCAUCCAUAGCGGUGAGCGGAUUCCUUUGGGUCCGGUAUAGCUGUCACUUGGCCGCUAUAGCGGGACCGCUAUAGCGGGACCGCUGUAGCGGUCGACGGAAAACAGUAGCUCGUGUUUUAAACACUUAGUCUCACAUUCUUUAUUCAUAAAACACCAACAUAGUUUCCCACAAGCACCUAGGGUGAAAUUCCAAGUUAGGGCAAGAAAACUCUUGAGAGAUAAGUCUCAUCUAUCCCUUUCUGUCAUUCCAUUUCGCCUUCACGAUUGUCAUCCCUUUUAUGGGUCUUCCAUGGUGAAAUUUGUAAUAGUAACCCUAGAAUUAAAAAAAAAACCUUCUAAACUUGUUGGGUUUUAGUGGUUAUCACUUAUUUAUCAUCUAAUGGCUUGGGUUAACUGCUCUUAAUCAUGAAUUGAGUCCUUAGAGCCAUAAACUAAGUGAAUUGAGACCUAGGUUCUAUAAAAAUGGUAACUUGACCAUGAAAACUGCUUGUUGUGGGAAUGUUGAUAUAAUAUUAUUAUAAUUUGAUGAUUAAUGAUUACUAAGGCCCUUCAUAGGUCGCUUUACACCUAGGAAAUCAUUCACCCAUUGGAAUGGGGGAUAAAGGGAAGGGUAAUCUUGAAUUGGUAACUGUGACUAGAGUAUGUGUGACUCAUUGAGCCUUCUAUUUCUAGACUUUGAGCGUUCCGAGGCUUUGAGGAAGAGAAAAGCUGUAGCGGAAAGUCUAGUGGUCCGAGGUUGGAGUCUUAUCUAGGGCUCUUUUUUUUU